AUGGCUAUGAAUUCCAGAAGGGAUCGUAACUCUAGAAGUGCUCUUUUUGAUGGUAUUGAGGAGGGAGGUAUAAGGGCAUCUUCAUCUUACUCGUCCCAUGAGAUUGAUGAGCAAGAGAAUGAUAGAGCAGUUGAUGGGCUACAAGAUCGAGUCAAUUUUCUGAAAAGGUUGUCAGGUGAUAUACACGAGGAAGUCGAGUCUCAUAACCUCAUGCUGGACAGAAUGGGAAACGACAUGGAUUCCUCAAGAGGUGUUUUGUCCGGAACCAUGGAUAAAUUUAAGAUGGUGUUUGAGACCAAAUCAAGCCGAAGGAUGUUUACUCUUGUGGCAUCUUUUGUGGUUGUUUUCCUUGUCGUAUACUAUCUCACUAGGUAA